AUGUUAUCACCACGGAAUCUAUGCCGUUGGACACAGCUCUUUCUGUCUUUGAGCCUUUUCCGUUCGGCUUUGGCUGCAACUACGGAUGAAUGGAAAUCAAGAAUUGUCUAUCAAACCAUGACAGAUCGUUUCGCACGCACAGACGGCUCAACGACUUACCCAUGCAACACCACUGCAGGCCUUUAUUGCGGCGGAACAUGGAGAGGUACAAUCAAUCACCUUGACUAUAUUCAAGGCAUGGGGUUCGACGCUGUGAUGAUAUCUCCCAUCAUCGAGAACCUCUCCGGUCACGUUUACUACGGUGAGGCCUACCAUGGGUACUGGCCACUGGAUCUAUAUCAGCUCAACCCGAAGUUCGGUACGAAACAAGACUUACUCGAUCUGACUGAUGCUGUUCAUGAGCGAGGAAUGUACCUGCUGAUGGAUACGGUCAUCAACAACAUGGCCUACAUGACCAAUGGAAGCAAACCGGCUACCAACAUCGACUAUUCAAUCUUCAACCCCUUCAACAAUGCUGAUUACUUCCAUCCGUACUGUAAGAUCAGCAAUUGGGAAAACUUUACCAACGCGCAACUUUGUCAAACUGGAGACAAUUAUGUCGCUCUUCCCGAUUUGUACACUGAGCACGAGGUCGUACAAAAGACUCUGAUCGACUGGGCUGCGGACGUCAUGAAGACUUAUUCCGUCGACGGGCUUCGUAUCGAUGCGGCCAAGCACGUCAGUCCCGGCUUCUUGAAAAACUUCGUCGACUCGAGCAAUGCAUUCAUGACUGGGGAAGUUCUUCAAUCAGAAGUCGACAUCAUCUGCAACUACCAAGAGAAUUACAUUGGGAGCAUGCCAAACUAUCCCGUCUACUAUGCAAUGUUGACUGCCUUCACGAACGGAAACAUUAGCGAGCUCGCGUUGACGGUAGAACAGAUGAAGGCUGCCUGUCCAGAUGUGACAUCUCUCGUCUCCUUCUCUGAGAACCAUGAUGUCGAACGCAUCGCUAGUUUCGACGACGAUAUCUCGCUUGCCAAAAACAUCCUUGCCUUUACCAUUCUUUUUGACGGCGUCCCCAUGAUUUAUGAGGGUCAGGAGCAGCAUCUCAAGGGGUCCGGCACCCCAGAGAACCGUCAAGCCAUAUGGCUUUCCAAUUAUAAUACCGACGCUGUGCUUUAUCAACAUAUCAAAAAACUCAACACGAUUCGUAAACACGCGAACAAACUCGAUAAUCAAUACGUGACGACUGAGUCGCGAUCGGUCUUCGUGGGCAGCAGUGAGAUCGCUUUCGUCAAGGGCACCGAGGGCCUCCAAGUCAUGACACUCCUCAACAAUCAAGGCUCACAAGGCGGUGCAUACAGGCUUACCUUGCCGUUCAGCUACAAUGCCGGCACGGAGGUGACUGAAAUCUUGACAUGCAAUAACUACACGCUCGACAACCAGGGAGAACUCACCGUCGAUAUGGAUAAGGGUGAGCCACGGGUCUUCUAUCCGACCCAAUACAUGGAAGGUAGUGGUCUUUGUGGCUGGUCAGCAGCCAACGUCACUCUGGUGGCUAUCAGGACGGGCACGACUUCCACUUCGCUUGGAGUCGUUGGCAGUGGAAACCCCGGUCGCGUCGCAUGUGUCGCUCUCGUGCUGGCAAUCACGACAGGCCUGAUGAUGAUGUUCUGA